AUGCAGAUGCUAAAUCUCUUCGUGGCCGUUUGUGCCUUUUCGAAACUCACAGUGCAUGCACUGCUUGAGGAAAAGUUCGUGGGCUUCGAGCCUGAAGAUCAAACCUUGGACAUUGCUGGUGCCACACUCAUAGCCGAUGCGGAUGACUUUUUAGGUAUUCACAUUGCGCUCAAAAGCUUAGUGGAAGACUUCGAACAGAUUACUGGAACCCGACCCGCACUCAAUAAUGCCACCACCAACUCCACAGUACCAGCUUCAGCAACUGGAGUCAUUGUCGGCUCUGUGGGGUCGAAGCUCAUUCGCCAAAUUUCUGCCGAGAAAGGUCUCGACAUCUCAGACGUUGAGGGGAGAUGGGAAGUGUUUAAAACUGCUGUCAUCGCCAACCCAAUAGCUGGAGUUGAACGAGCGUUGGUCAUCGUAGGUAGUGAUAAACGCGGUACUAUCUUUGGUAUACACACGCUCGCCGAACAGAGUGGUCAGUCUCCAUACCACUGGUGGGCGGAUGUUCCCACGAAGAAACACGCCGCCAUUUUCGCGUUGCCAAAAGCCACUGUUCAUGGCCCACCAUCAGUCAAAUACAGAGGGCUAUUCAUUAAUGACGAAGCUCCAGCGCUGGUCACUUGGUGGGCUGCGCAACACAACUCCUCCUACCAUCCUCUAGACACGGAGUUUUACUCACACGUUUUCGAUCUACUUCUUCGACUAAAAGCCAACUACUUGUGGCCUGCCAUGUGGGGAUCAUCAACACCAGCCCCAGGCCACAUCUUCUUCACCGAUGACCCAGGAAAUCAGCAGCUUGCAGAUGACUACGGUAUCGUAGUCUCUACUAGCCAUCACGAGCCAAUGCAAAGAGCGACUAAUGAGUGGAACGCGACUGAGACUGGGCCCUGGGAUUGGAGACUGAACAAGGAAAACGUAACGCGCUUUAUGGAAGAGGGGAUCCGUAGGAUGGGAAACAACGAGAGCUAUGUGACACUGGGCAUGAGAGGUCCAAGUGAUUCUGCCAUUGUUGGGGAUGAUGCUUUGGAGAUUCUUCGAGAAGUGUUUGAAGUUGAGCGUCAGAUUUUCAAAGAAGUUCUGGGUGACCAGAAAGUAAACCAGGCAUGGACAAUCUACAAGGAAGUCGCGACCUACUACGCCGCUGGACUAAGUCCGCCCGAUGACGUCACCAUCAUCAUGCCCGAUGACAACCAUGGCCAGAUUCUGCGGCUACCCACUGGUAAUGAGACUGCCAGAGAAGGCGGCGCUGGUAUUUACUUCCACUUUGAGUACUUCGGUAGACCGCGGUCGUACAAGUGGUCGAACACCAACAGCUUGCCGAAAGUUUUGAAAGAACUUUUGCAAGCUUACUGGCGAGAUGCGAACCGCGUCUGGGUUCUCAAUAUUGGCGAUAUCAAGCCUUUAGAGCAACCCUUUGGGUUCGCCAUGGACUUGGCUUGGAACGUCUCGAAAUUUGACUUUGAUAUGAUACCAGAAUAUCUGCGCCUCUACUCCGAGCGGGAAUUCGGUAGCGAACAUGCGGAUGAUGUUGCGGCUCUACUGAUGGAAUUCAACUACCUCAUCGGGAUGCGCCGCUUUGAGAUGGUUCAGCCAGACACAUACUCGGUAUUAAACUACCAUGAAGCGGAAAGGAUAUUAGCAAGAUGGAACCUGCUCGCCAAUCAAACCAAGACAUUGUUUGAACAGAUACCGGAGGAUUACAAAGCCGCAUACUAUGAGUUAGUAUUCUAUCCCGUAGUAUCGGGCGCUACAUACUACGCAGUAAACAUCGGCACAGGACUCAACUAUCGACAUGCCAUGGAACGGAGGAACUCAGCAAAUGCACUUGCCCACCAGGUUCUUGCUGACUUUGACUAUGACUAUGAUCUGGUAGAGGAUUUUGACGCCCUCCUUGACGGCAAAUGGCGAAACAUCAUGUCUCAGGCCAAGCUCGAAACGUUCGAUACCGGAAAGGCAAAGAACUGGAUGAACCCAUCUCGCGACAUACUCUCAAACCUUUCCUUUGUUCAGUUGCGCCAAAACAUGCAGUUCUCUGUCGGUAAUCUCGGCAUCUACGCUGAGGGUUCUAACAGCCCUCUCGACCAGGGUCGAUGGGCUGAGUCCAUCGAUCCUUCGAUGCCCUUCACCAAAUCUCCAGCCCAGGUCCCAGAAAUGAGUCCUUAUGGACCUUCCAGGCGGACUAUAGAUCUAUUCAUGCGAGGUGACUACCGCGUCCCAAUCGACUGGCAGCUUGGCGAUAUUCCAGUGGAUUGGCUGUCAAUUGCACCAAGUUCGGGCCGACUUGACGUGACGGCCGAAGAGCAACGCCUCGAUGUCACCAUUGACUGGACACAGGUGCCGGAGGGAUACAACGAUACAGUGGAAGUUGGCAUAACGUCAACACCGUCAUUUUAUCCAUACUACGACAUCAUACGUAUCCCGGUACAAAAUCGGAAAGUACCCACUAAUUUCCGCGGCUUCCCAGAGACAGCUGGUUACAUAUCGAUUGAAAGCCCACACUUCCAGCAAUCUUCCUCCUCCCCGAAUAACAGAACGGCGAGUGAAACAGUAGCAUUUGUCCACGUUCCAUACCUUGGCACGCGCACUGAAUCCGGCUCCGUGGCUCUGCGGCCUUUCCACGCUGCUCGGGCUUCUCUUCUCGACUCAAAAUCCGCAUAUGUUGAAUAUGAUAUCUACCUCUUCAAGGACACUCCUGCCCUCAACGCCACUAUCUACAUCAACGCUGGCUUAGAUACAGAUCCCAACCUUCUCAUGGAGUUUUCACUUUCUCUUGAUGACGCUCCUCAAAACUUCACACGUGUGUUAGGUGACCCGAAGGACGCGGGCGAUGUGCCACCCGAAUGGACGGACAACGUAAUGAAUCAGGUGUGGACAAAGAAAGUUAGUCUUGGUGAAGCAAAGGAAGGGGCUCACACGCUUCGUUGGAGCGUUAACAGUCCUGAGGUCUACUUGGAGAAGCUUGUUUUGGAUACCAGAGGCGGGGUCAAGAACAGCUAUUUAGGUCCACCUGAGUCAAAUCUGGCUGGAUUUGAUUGA